GAUCAUGUAAACUUCGGGGUCCUUUAUUGACAGCCGGCGCGGAGUUUUGACGCAUGUGUUUUCCGCGCUCUGCUCGUAUUGGGAAUGGCAGUGCAUUUCUUCUGAGUAUUUAAGCAUCUUGAGAGAGAAACCAUGUCAUUCAGCUUUGGACAAGCGACCACUGGGGGUGGGUUUACCUUCGGAGCCCCUAAAACCACAGCGUCAGCCAGCGCGGCCCCCAGCUUCUCCCUGCAGACGAGCGCUCCAGCAGCAGGAGGAUUCACCUUCGGAGCAGUGGCUCCGCAGCAGUCUCAGGCCCCAGCGGGAACAUCUCAGAUUGCGGGGCUCCUCGCACAGCCCACCAUGAGCACCGCAGCCUCACAGGGUGGAUUCAGCUUUGGUGCAUCAUCACAGAGCAGCACUGCUGGUGGAGGGUUUAAUUUUGGCGCUGCUCCAAAACUAGGUCUCAGCCUGACUCCAGCUUCUCAGCCAGCCGCUACAGCAGUGACUCUGGGAGGCCUGAUGACUUCCACCACCUCGUCCAGUGGCACAGGCUUCACAUUCGGAGCCCUCCCUACUCAGACUGCACCUUCAACCCAGCAGUCCACAGGAGGCUUCAGCUUUCCCGGGGCCAAGGUUCAGGCUCCUGCUGCAACUUCAGUGCAGAGCACUCCUUCCUUCUCACUGGGAGGGCAAAGCACAGGUCUCACUCUGGGAGCUGUUGCUCCAGCCUCUGCUGCCUCGUCUACCGGGAUUAACUUUGGGAUCAAGCCUGCAGCCACCCCGGCUCCUGCUAUUACUGCUGCUGCUGCUGCUAGCCAGGCUGCCCCCAUAUCUUCUCUGUUUGCCUCCCCUAUCCCCUCCGCUGCUUCUACAGGCUUCAGCUUGGGUGGCCCAACAAGUGCAGCAGCCCCAGCAGCGUCUUCUGCAGGUACAGCCUCCACUGGCUUGACACUCAAACCACUAGGAGCUGCUACCACCACCACCACCACCACUGCUGCGACCACAGCUGCUGCUACUGCACCGGCCACCACAAGCUUUUCACUGGGCCUGAAACCUGCUGCCUCUGCUGCACCGGCCACUUCUACAGUCGUGUCCACUGCUGCAGUUACUGCCAGUGCUGAACCAGUGAUGUCAUAUGCCCAGCUGGAGUCCUUGAUCAACAAGUGGAGCUCAGAGUUGGAGGACCAAGAGAGACACUUCCUGCAGCAGGCCACUCAGGUCAACGCCUGGGACCGCAUGCUGGUGGAGAAUGGAGAAAAGAUUACAUCCCUUCAUAAGGACAUGGAGAAGGUUAAACUGGACCAAAGAAGGCUGGAUCAGGAGUUGGACUUUAUUCUGUCCCAGCAAAAGGAGCUGGAGGAUCUUCUCGCUCCCUUGGAGGAGUCAGUGAAGGAGCAAAGUGGAACCAUCUAUAUGCAGAAUGCUGAUGAGGAGCGAGAGAGAACGUAUAAGUUGGCAGAAAAUGUUGAUGCUCAGCUGAAGAGAAUGUCCCAAGAUCUGAAGGAGAUCAUUGAGCACCUCAACACUUCCAACAGCCUGGCCGACACAAGUGACCCGCUCCAGCAGAUCUGCAAAAUCCUCAAUGCACACAUGGACUCUCUGCAGUGGGUCGAGCAAAACUCUGUUCUGCUUCAGAGGCGUGUGGAAGAGGUGUCCAAGCUGUGUGAGAGCCGCAGUAAGGAGCAAGAGAAGAGCUUUCGUCUAAGUUUCCAAUGAUUGGCAAUAAAACAUGGCAGUGUAUUGUAAAUGAAAAUCAUUGUUUUGCUAAUUCUGUUUGAAUAAAAAGGUGUACUUUUUACUUUCCACA